UCAGACCCGAUUCCCUAGGCAGUAGUCGAUGUCCUAGAUACAUCCGAUAUGUCAACCAUAACGCUAGAAUUCCUACAGGAUUUAUUGAAAGCAGAGUACCCUAAUGUUGCUAUUGAAGAAUAUGAAGGAGCCCCUGGAUCAAAACGCGGUGAUAACUAUACCUCCAUGGUAUACCGAAUCACGCUAAAAGGUCACAAACACCCAGACUCCGAAGAAAAACAACCGUGGACCGGCUCCAUCAUCUACAAAUGCCUUCCGGAAAGUAUUUUACGUCGAGAAGCCUUCAAAAGCGACGAACUUUUCUGCAACGAGGUGGCUUUUUACAAUAAAAUAUGGCCUGCCCUUUCUGCCUUUCAAGAUCAGUGGAAUCUUGCGCAUCCGUUCAAAGCAAUACCUAAAUGCUAUCUGGCGCAGAACGAUUUAGUGAUCCUAAAAGAUCUGAAGGAUCUGGGGUUUGUGAUGCCGGACAGGAGGCAGGGUCUAACGGUGGAGCAAUGCUAUUUCGUUCUCAAGCAUUUAUCUCAUUUCCACGCUCUGUCUCUCGCAAUGAAGUGCUACAACCCCGAAGGAUUUUAUGAGCUAUUGAAUAUACAGGACGGAAUUUCAGAAGUAUUCUUCUUAUCCGAAAACGAAGAGUACUACAAAAGUUAUUAUACAGAAGCCAUUCGGAACGCGAUAGCUAUGGUUGAACAAGAGUUACGGGACUGCCCUGACAGAGAGAAGUAUCUGGCCAGGUUCAAGAGCUUCUGCAGUGAAGACACCUUCUUCCAAACCAUGGUGGACAUGGUGGCGCCAAGGGAACCGUUAGCUGUCAUCUGCCAUGGCGACUGCUGGACUAAUAAUUUACUAUUUCGAUACGUUAACGGCGAUAUCGCUGAAAUGUACAUAGUAGACUUCCAGCUAGCUCGUUACUCCUCUCCAGCACUAGAUCUCGCCUUCCUCCUGUACCUGUGCCUAGAUCGGCAGCAGCGAGCUGACCACAUGACGUCCCUCUUGGAGUACUAUACGGAGGAACUUCACACGAGAGUGUCGGAGAUGAGUGGGGAUAACGCGCUGGAUAGAGACACGAUUUCGUCUAUGAUCCAAGAAGAGUUCCGAGACAGCAGCCGUUUUGGUCUCGGCAUUGCGUUAGAUAUGUACCCCAUAAUGACCUGCGACAGCGAUGAAGCACCUAACUUAUAUCAAGCCAAGGAGAGUGAGAUAACUCCAUCUCAUGACUGCGUAAAGCCAGUGUGGACUUCAAACGCGGCGUGCAGAAAGAAAAUGGCCGACCUCGUUAUAGAGCUGGUUGACGAAGGAUUGUUAUGAAGAUAGUUAAUUUCGGUUAUAUGCGAAUUUAUUAAUCCUAUGAUUAUUAUAUUAUUUCUGUUUAUAAGUUCAUAUGUGAUUAUUCUAAACGUUUUUAAAUUAGAAUGAAUGUGUUUUUACAUGCUGUGGUUUAACAGAAAAAAGUAACUAAUUUUGUUUAUAAACUGUAUGUAUACACUUAAAUUUGUUUGGUUGCGUUAUGUAUGCAAACAGAUUUUAAUAAUUGUAGCAAUAAUUAUUAUAUGUCUCUAUUACUUACACUUAUUUUUAUUUUUGGA